AUGGAAUCGAGAUCCUCAAAGGAGCCGCCAGUCUCAUAUUCUGAGCCUCAGGAUAGUGAAGACUACCAUUCGAAGGAGGAAGCUCCGGCCACACUCGCAGAUCCAGAGCAGCCCCGCGAGUCCAAGUCUCUAUUUUCUGCUCUCUUUUCGCGAAAACGCAUAGUCGACCCUGAUGCAAUUGCCACUGUUCGAAGUGUCUUCGAUGAUCCCUUGCUUGGUAGAUUCUACCUGCCCAAGCCCGACUACGAGAAUCUGCACAGAUUCGACAUCAAAGAAAGGUGGACGCACCGCGAGGAGACGUCCGUGCGACGCAAAACCGACUGUAAGAUCUUGGUCUGGAUUCUUGUCAUGUUCUUUGGGUUGAACCUCGAUCGAGGCAACCUUGGCAAUGCUGCUGCUGAUAACCUGUUGGAUGACUUGAACAUUACCACGAAUGACUACAACAACGCCCAGAACAUGUACCGUGUUGGAUUCCUCAUUGCCGAGAUUCCUUCCCAGAUGCUCGGUAAAAGAUUGGGUCCAGAUCGCUGGAUUCCUUUCCAGAUCAUUUUGUGGUCUUUGGCCUCGGGUGGUCAAUUCUUCAUGCAUAAUCGGGCGGGCUUCUUUGCUUGCAGAUUCUUCAUCGGUCUUUUCAUGGGUGGUUUCAUCCCUGAUUCAAUACUAUAUUUGUCUUAUUUCUACACCAAAACGGAGAUGCCUUUCCGUCUUGCGAUGUUCUGGUUUGUGGACUCCAUGUCUGGUGUGAUUGCCUCUUUCAUCGCCUAUGGUGUCCUGCACAUGCGUGGAGUGGAUGGCCGCGAGGGUUGGCGAUGGCUGUUCUUAAUCGAGGCUCUGAUCAGUAUUGUGAUUGGAUUCUUGAGUUUCUUGUUCUUGGUCCCGGGUCCUACACAGACAAAGACCUGGUGGAAUCCGAAAGGUUACUUCACUGAAAGAGAAGAGAUGAUUAUCGUCAGCCGUGUCCUGCGUGAUGACCCUUCAAAGGGAGACAUGCAUAACCGUGAAGCGCUUUCCCUUGGAAUGUUUUGGCAGAGCUUGAAGGAUUAUGACUUAUGGCCGAUCUAUGUCAUCGGGAUGCUGUUUGAGAUCCCGACUUCUCCACCAAAGACCUAUCUCACGCUAUCGCUCAAAGCCAUUGGAUUCGGCACUUUUCAAACAACAUUAUUAACAAUCCCCGUUACGGUGUUUGGGGCUAUUAACCUUGUCCUGAUAACCGAGUUGACAGAACGUUUUCACCAAAUUUCAGUCAUUGGUCUACUUACCCAGGUCUGGAGUCUCCCACUUCUCAUCGUGCUUUAUACCUCAUCCGGAUCGUUAUCGAACUGGGGUCUCUAUGCGGUGACAUUCAUACUGUUAGGAUGGCCAAACCCACAUGCAGCACAUGUCGGAUGGUGCUCCCGGCUCAGUAAUGCCGUGCGAACGAGAACCGUUUCGGCCGCCCUUUACAACAUAACUAUCCAGCUCUCUGGUAUUGCCUCCUCGAAUAUAUAUCGCAAAGACGACAAGCCCCUCUAUCGCCGAGGAAACUCCCAACUCAUCGCUAUCAACAUUGCUACUAUUGUCGCGUAUAUCUUGGCAAAGGCAUACUAUGUGGCCAGAAACCGGUGGAAGAAAACACAGUGGGAAAGCUUGACGGCUGAAGAGAAGGCGACGUAUCUACAAACGACUACCGAUCAAGGAAAUAAACGGUUGGAUUUCCAAUUCGAUAGUUGA